UUCUAGAAUAUUAAAUGAAAACAAUCAACUAGGUUUGCUGUUGCUAAGAUAUUUUAAAAUUUCAAACAUACAUUAAUUUCUAAUCCGACCAACAAAUUUAACUUCAGCUUCAAUUUCAACUGAGAUAUCCACCUCAACAAACUAAACAAAUAAAAUGGAUGAAGCUGAAGAUCAGAAACCGAGGUCCACCACACAGACAGAAGAAGGAGCAUCAGGGGGACAGAACCCGGAAAUCACAUUUACUGAAAAAGAGAUGGCAACACAGGCCUUCCAAAACAUUCAGCUUCGUCAAAAGAUGGCAAGGUUAUUUCAGCAAUACAGGAAUAAAGGGCCUGAACCAAUCUUCAAAAAAUAUCAAGUCAGAGUGACUUCGAAUCCACAUGCAGUGAAGGACAAAAUUUCUGUCACUGUGACUAAAAAGGAGAAAGUUGUGCUAUUAAGCGUGGAAAACAAUGGCACCAAACAAGUAUAUUUCACCCUUCAGACCUUUGAUUUUGUGAAAAACAUUUUCACUGUCAGAGACUGUGAUGGAAACAUUAUCAAAGCGAUCAACGACCACCUUCUCAGGCCACGUGAAUCAUACAAAAUGAAAAUACAUUUUUUCUCUGACCACUCUGGCCUCUAUGAGCAACUGUUGUUCUUUAAGUUUGAAAGAGGCCAUCAGCGUUCAGAAACAUUUGACAUUAUGCGCCUCUUGGAGGUCAUUCGUCGAACACCUCAGAGUAAGGAGGACUCUCAUGCAGGGUCAAAUGUAGUGAAGAGGUUUAAGACCACAAGGAAGACACCUCUGACAGGCUGUGAGACCAAUCUUACACCAGUGGUGCAUCUCAGGAAGUACAGACUACCCAAGAACAUAGCAAACACAGAAGAAUUAAAUAGGAAUUUGGAGGAAAGGGAACUUAACUGGAGGAACUAUGCUUGGAGAUUUCACGUGCUGCUUCAUCUCGAGGAGUACGAGAUCUGCGCAGCUCUAACGAAAUGCAACCGAGAUGAAGUGCUUCUGAUCACUCACCAAAGCGAAAAUUAUAUGCUGCUUUUAAAUGCAGAUGAUAUCUUAAACAACUGUAAUGUUGUGUUAACUGGAUGCGACGUACUGGUGACUCCUUUGAACGAGCAGAAUGAAAUGGAAGAAAAGAUACCAUACAAAGGAUGGGUCGAAGAUGUGGAUGAGGAGCAGAUCUACUUGAGAUUCGAUGAAAUCUUCCCAGAAGAUUUCAUCAAGGGUGUGAGGUGCAAACUUGUAUUUUUACUCCAACGAAUGCCACUGCGAAUGCAGCACAGAGCAGCAGCGCUGGCAUGCAAACAUGGACUGAAAGGGCUACUCUUCCCUGUUGGACAACAUUCUACACAACAUUCAUGCCUCAUGCCUGUGGCCGCAAAAUUCGUCAGUUGCAUCUCCAGGACACCUAUGCUUGAAAACAACCCAGAGCAGCAAAAAGCGGUUCGACAUAUUCUAGCCCGUUCUGCAAAACCUGCCCCCUACCUUAUAUUUGGUCCGCCUGGCACAGGCAAAACAGUAACCUUGAUUGAAGUCAUCAAGCAAAUUGUGUUAACUCAAGACUCCAACAUCCUGGUUUGCGCACCCUCCAACAGCGCAACGGACCACCUCUGUGAGAAGAUCCUGAAAGAAAACAUUGUCCCACAUGAAGUGUUUCGCCUGUACUGCUUAAGCUACAAAGUGGAUAAGAUCCCUGAAAUUGUUAAGAUGCACUGCAGCUUUAAUCCUGCAACAAGCACUUUCGAAAUACCACCCAAAAAGGACCUGAUGAGUUACAAGAUCAUGGUCACCACCCUUCAAACUGCCGGAAGGCUAGUGACGGGCGGAGUUUCUCCAGGCCAUUACAGUUACAUUAUUGUGGAUGAGGCAGGCCAGGCUGUAGAAACAGAGUGUUUAAUUCCAAUAGCAGGAUUGCUGAAACCACUAAGUGGCCAGGUUGUUCUGGCCGGAGACCCGAAACAGUUGGGCCCCAUCAUCCUAUCAAAGAUAGCACAAAGAAAUGGAUUGGGUGUUUCCUUGCUGGAGAGGCUAAUGAUGGAAAUGAAUGUGUACAAACCACACAAGACAACGGGCUUCAACAGCCGCUUUGUGACUAAACUGCUGAGGAACUAUAGAUCCCAUCCUGCAAUUCUGAAAAUUCCCAAUGAGCUGUUCUAUGAUGCUGAACUCCGGUCUUGUGGUCAUUUUGAGGAAUGUUUAUACAAUAACUGGGAACUCCUGCCUAGGAAGGAAUUUCCUCUAAUGUUCCACGGGGUGGCAGGCAUUAAAAAAAAGGACCUCCACUGCCCAUCAAUUUACAAUAUCGCUGAGGUGGAUGUAGUGAAGGAAUACUUAAAAUCCCUAAUAAGCUAUCGUCACAAAAUGGGCCUGAACCAAAUUGAACCAAAGGAAAUUGGUAUUAUUACUCCAUACAAAAAACAAGUGGAGAAGAUUAAAGCGGCCCUUUACACAGACAAGGAUCUAGCCAAAAGAGACUUGGAAAAUGUCCAAGUUGGCACAGUCGAGAUCUUUCAGGGUAAAGAGUUUGAUGUGAUCCUGGUGUCCACAGUGCGCAGUAAUCCCAGACUGACUGCACCUAAACAACACUUCACCUUGGGCUUUGUGAAAAAUGAGAAGAGAUUCAACGUGGCCAUGACUCGAGCCAGAAACCUACUGGUUGUGGUGGGAGACCCCAGAGUCCUGGAAAUUGAUCCAGUGUGGAACAAGUUUAUUCAUUACUGUUUACAAGAAAGAGCAUAUCGUGGCAUCAUGCUCUCUGAUGUGGAGGCAGACACAAAGGUUGCUGCCCCUCCACCAAACCUCUGCCAACAACAGGAAGUUAGACCAAAGACUACAUUCAGCUGGAAGAAUCAUUGGAAUUCAACAUAAAAUAAAUUUCAUCAUAAGCA